AUGUAUAGACAGACGUUAAUAUUGCUCUUGUUGGCUGUUUCAUCCUAUUCCGAAAUUAAAUGUGUGAAACAAACAAACUGCCACUGUUACGAUGGUGAUUACUUAGAAUAUCAGUGCACAAAACCCGAUGUCAUUAUCCACGUGUAUAAACAAACCAGAAUCGUGCAAGUCGACUGUUCCUCAACAACACCUUUGAAUGAAAUGGACCUCCCGGUGAUGGAUGUUGGUGAACAAGUAAGACUUCAUUUAUCUGGUUGCGGACUUCCAAACACGAACUAUCUUUCUUUAUUACGAAGGAUGAAUGUGACAAAAAUAACUGAACUGACCCUCGAUGAAAGUACUUUCAACAUCACAGACAUGGUCAUUUUUUCUAAGGAUUUACUUUACGAAAUGGAAUUUGUUGAGCACUUAAAGAUACAGAGCGUUAGACACUUGCAAACUGAAGAUAACAUUUUAGAGGCAGUGCCAAACUUAAAGGAAUUUACUCUACGUUUUAGUAAUAUUUCAAAUAAGAUGAAUAUCAAUUUGUCCUUUGUUAAAGAUCUUACAUAUUUAGAUAUGAGUGCAGUAGAGUUGGAAAAAAUUCCUUUAAAUGAAUACAGUAACUUUCUACAACUAAAACGUGUUUAUUUAUUUGAUAACACUAUUAAGACAAUAGGGAUUAAUGAUUUUAAAAGUGCUGUGAAUAUAGAAGUUUUAGAAUUAAGCAUGAAUCAGAUACAAUCUGUAGAUGGAGAGGCAUUUCAGAACAUGAACAAUUUAUAUAUCCUUAGUUUGUUUAGAAACAAUCUGUCGGACAUCACAAAAGACACCUUCAAACAUGCCAAGAAUUUAUCUAUACUACGUUUAGAGUACAAUCCAAUGUUAAGACUCCACGAUUAUGCUUUCGCAAAUAUGACAAAUUUAACAACAAUAUCACUGAAUAAUUGUAAUAUUCAGAAAUUACCAGCACAUUUAUUUGAAGGCACUACAAAUUUGGAAGACUUAAUGCUAAACAAUAACCAGCUAUCGAUAAUUCCUGACAACUUCUUCGAUUCAUUAAUUAAUUUGAAAAAGUUAAGAUUGGAUUACAAUAAAAUUAUUUAUUUACAAGAAGACACAUUCAAGUCCCUUGAAGCACUAGAAGAAUUAAGUUUGGAAUACAAUUUUUUAACAGUAAUAAGUACAAAGUUAUUUUACCAACAAAAAAAUUUAGAGAAGCUGAACUUGCAAGGAAAUCAAAUUGAAAAAAUUGAAGGUACCCUCUUGAUAAAUAGGAAACUUCGAGUCCUUGAUUUGUCCAAUAACAAAAUGGCUACGUUAAAGACUGAUGCCGACAUAGAACUGAAUGUUUUGGACAAUUUGCUAGGCUUGAAGUAUCUCAAUUUAAGUAGGAAUUUAUUGGAAAGUGUGAAUAUCCCUUAUUCUAUGGUAAAAAUAGAAGAGGUGGAUAUGGCGUAUAACAAAAUUAAACAAAUUUCGUUGAUAACUUUAUCCAAUAUUCUCACGCCUAGUCUCAGAGUGGACCUAUCGAAUAAUGAAAUUUCGAGGAUCGAUAGUACAAUUUAUGCCCAUUCAAAUUAUAACAAACAAGAAAUAUCACUUUUCUUAGAUAACAAUCCAAUUGAUUGUGACUGUUACAAUUACAAUUUUAUACAGGACUAUCCUGGCAUUAGAAUUGCAAAUCUAGUAUUCUAUAUUCAAAAUUAUGAAAAAUUAAAAUGCACGUCAGACAUUCGUUUAGUGGACCUAACCAGACAUUUGGAUAUUAUUAAUUGUCCAGAUGAUCCUUCCUUACAAGAUGGAAAUGAAAAUGUGACGAAAUUUAAUUUAUCUAACCAUAAAUUUAAAUUAGAAACAUUGAAAAUUUUAGGCAUUAAAAUGAGAGGAAUUCUCAAAUUGUUGAUAUUUGCCACGUUCAUUACCCACAUGAAUAUGUUCAGUCUUGGCAUGAACAAAAGCUCACACGAUGCCAUCACAUUCCCAGAAGAAGACGAAAUAAUCGCUCCGAGAAUCGAAGACCUGACAAAAUGCUCCAACGGACGUACAUACUGCGAAUCCUUCGACAAGUACCCAACCAGUCACGUGAAGUACGUGAUGCGGGAGAAUCCGGUUUACAAAGCUCUCUUCGGCGAAGAGGAAGAGAGCGAAUUUAUAUCUAGAAGAGACGAAAAUGAAACGUUCCUUUGUAAGUCGAGUGUCAAAACCAUCUUCCCGAAAGUUGGUAAAAAUGUCAACAACGAAUGGAGGUUCAUCAUAAAUCAAAAGGACGACGGAUUUGUGCAGGGUAUACGAGUGGAGACCUGCAUAUCGGAGGACUCGCCCUGCGACAUUAUCAAUGAAAUGCUCACCCUUUACGUGACAAAAUGCAAACAGAAGUACGUGCGUCGGCGGAUGUUGUCUUUGACGAAACAAGGUGAACCUGUUCCGGACACGUUCCUUAUGCCAUCAGCAUGUUGUUGCUCGUACAAAAAUUGGUUAAUCAAUGCUUUUGCAAAUAUGAAAAAUUUAACGGAAAUAUCCCUAAAUAAUUGUAACAUACAGAAGCUGCCGGCAAAUUUGUUCAAAGGCUCAACAAACUUACAAGAUGUGAAACUGGACAACAACCAGCUGUCGACAAUUCCUAACAAGUUCUUCGAUUCAUUAAGCAAGAUGAAAAAAUUAAGGCUGGAUCACAACAACAUACAAGUGUUACCAAUCGAUAUUUUCGAGCCUCUUGAAUCACUGAAGGAAUUAAAUUUGGGACACAAUUAUCUAACUGUAUAA